CGAUUUUCUUGUGCUAGUUUGAUUUUUGGUUCAGUUAGCUCAACUUAGAUUCGAUUAAUUCGAUUUUUGAUUAAUUCGGUUAUUUUAAUUAAUCGGUCUAGUUUUUCUACUGGUUCGGUUACUUGGAUUAGUUGAUUUCGGUUUUCCAUUUCGAUAAUGCCUUUUCGUGCAUUAACAGGGCAGCACUGAGCAGAAGUUGGAAGAUCGAUUCCAAUUCCAUAGCAGCAGAAUCAAACCGCAGCUUUAACACUAGAUGCACCCAAAAUCUUGAAACGAGCGCAGGGCUCGAAAUUUGAUCCGAAAUGUUCAGUCGUAGCCAUAGAAUUUCCAGAAACAGCUACCAAUCCCUCCCAAAUCUGAAACUCCGUCGCAAUCUCACCGCUGCCACCACAACCGCCAGUCCUCCGCCGCCUCUGACCCCCGAAAACGAAACCACCAUCGCCAAUCUUGUUCUCAAUACAAGCCAACAAAACCUAGCCUCAGCCCUUAAAAGCCACACUGUUCAAUGGACGCCCGAGUUGGUGACCAGAGUCCUGAAGCGCCUCUGGAACCAUGGCCCCAAAGCCCUCCAAUUCUUCGAAGCCCUCGAUUGCCAUCGCUACUACGCCCACUCCGCUGCUGCCUUCGACCAUGCCAUCGACAUCGCCGCUCGAGUGCGCCACUACAAAGCCGUCUGGACCCUCGUCGCUCGGAUGCGUGCUCGCCGCCUCGGCCCAACCCCAAAAACCUUCGCAAUCAUUACUGAAAGGUACGUUGCUGCUGGCAAAGCCGAUAGAGCAGUGAAAAUUUUCUUGUCGAUGCAUCAUCACGGUUGCUGCCAGGAUUUGAAUUCUUUCAAUACAAUUCUCGAUGUGCUUUGCAAGUCUAAGCGGGUUGAAAAGGCUUAUUCAUUGUUAAAGAUUUUUAGGGCUAGGUUUAGGGUUGAUGCUGUUAGUUACAACAUAAUUGCGAAUGGAUUUUGUUUAGUUAAGCGCACACCAAAGGCUCUGGAGGUUUUGAAGGAGAUGGUGGAGAGAGGAUUGGAUCCAACUCUAAUUACUUAUAAUAUACUGCUUAAAGGGUUCUUCAGGACAGGUCAAAUUAAGGAAGCUUGGGAGUUUUUCCUGCAGAUGAAGAAGAGAAAGUGUGAGAUUGAUGUUGUUACCUAUACUACAGUGGUGCAUGGAUUUGGUGUUGCCGGUGAGGUAAAGAAGGCUCAAAAGGUGUUUGAUGAAAUGGUAUGGGAGGGGGUCAUUCCUUCGAUUGCUACAUAUAAUGCCUUAAUUCAGGUUUUGUGUAAGAAAGAUAAUGUUGAGAAUGCUAUCAAGGUAUUUGAGGAUAUGUUAAAGAAAGGUUAUGUACCAAAUUCCAUAACUUACAAUCUGGUGAUAAGAGGAUUGUGUCAUGUGGGCAAAAUGGACAGAGCAAUGGAAUUCGUGCAGAGAAUGAAGGACGAUGACUGUGAGCCAAAUGUUCAGACAUACAAUCUUCUGAUCCGCUACUAUUGUGAUGUUGGAGAAAUUGAGAAGGGUCUAGAGAUUUUUGAGAGAAUGGAGAAUGGGGCUUGUUUGCCCAAUUUAGACACGUAUAACAUUUUGAUAAACGCAAUGUUUGUCAGGAAGAAAUCAGGUGAUUUAUUGGUGGCUGGGAAGUUGUUGGUAGAGAUGAUUGAUAGGGGAUAUUUGCCUCGUAAGUUUAUAUUUAACCGGGUCUUGAAUGGACUUCUGCUUACUGGUAAUCAAGGUUUUGCAAAAGAAAUUUUGAGAUCACAAAGCAAAUCUGGCCGUCUUCCUCGCCAGUUCAGAUUGUAAACCCAUUUUGGCGUGGCUACUGUUAAAUAUGACCUACAUCCUGUCUGAUUGUAAAAUCUGUCACUGUUCAAAAGUGUCCAUACGCUUGUUAGAGUUGCCAGAUUUGGAUUGUUGCACUAACUGGUUUAGUUGAUGGUAUGAUAAUGCAAUGCUCAUGUUGUCUGAAUGCAGUUUGGGGUAUGAACUGCCUAUUUUUGCCAUGGCAGAGAGAUUUGAGCAAUACUUUGGAGCCUGUUGUUUUGGAGGGCUUUGCAGAAAGGAAUUAUUAUUGUUCAGCUAUCACAAGGUAGGUACAAAACUGGAGCCUCAAAUUCAAAAAUGUUUUGAGAUGGUUGAAAGCAUAUUUGGCUUUGGCAGGAUAGGUGGAAGUACCUCAGUAGAUUGGAGCAAAGGCUAGAAAUAUAAAACAACAAUUAUUUAUCAGGUCUUUCUCUUGUCUUGCUUACUGGAUUCAUCUCAUUGUUAGUGGUCCAUGGAAAAUUAUUUUGAGUAACUUAUUUCAACACCAUUUUCUGAAUCUGCCAAGGAAGCACAGUUAUUUGACAAGGCAUUGAGGGCCAACUAGUUCUGUCAGUUGUUAUCAAUGUUGUGAACAAAACAUGUAAUGCGUUAGGAAACUUAGCUUGGUACUGAAAGAACAAUAGGUUUCGCAUUUCUGAAGUGUCUUGAACCUAGGGUCUUUGGAUUUGACAAAUAACAGCAAUCUGCUGUUAACUUCUUAUAUCAGUAAGAAAUUUCAAGCCCUGUGUUGAAAGUUAAUGUUGGAAUGGAUGCUUGGGCUCGUGUUCCAACUGGGGUAUAUUUUUAGGUUUACCUAAGGGAAUGUUAAAUUUUAAGAACAAGAGUUAACAUCUAAUUCUCGCAGCCUGUUAAGAAUAAGAGUUGACAUCUAAUUCUCGCAGCCUAACCCAUCACUUUGGUUCCCUUCAAUAGAGUUGUUUCUUCACCACAACUUCACUUUUGUUUGGCUGACUGAUGGUUUGUUAGUUGUUACAGUGUUUUUUUGUUAAUAAGAGUCCUCAACUCUUUGUGUUUAGGAAAGACCCUUGGCCUCAUUCGCGGAGCUGAAACCCUCAAGCAUGCUGAUCGCUGAUUACAUGCCGACCUGAAACCCUAAACCCGUGCUAGUCCUGUGCAAGAGCAAGCCACAGACUGGCCAUCCGCAUUGGCUGAUUGGCAGGGAAGAACUGCCCGACCUGACUUGUUGCUACUAACACCGAGCAUUUGGGAUGCAUCCUAACCCAUCUGCUGCCUCCUUUUUUUGGCCAAGCAAAGCCAACGCUGAAAAGGGGAAAUCUACACGACAUAUAGGCGGAUCAUCUCCCGAUUUUGACCUGCUCGACGGUGUCCUUGUGUUCUUUCCAUUCUCCAGUGCAACAAUUUUUUUUUUUCCCUGGUGAAAUUUAGAUCGUUAAGUUGUUAUUUGAGUGUCUAAAAAACUGUUUGAAUUUGUUUGGGAAGAUUUGGAAAUCAUACUGCUGUAGAUAUGUUGUGGCAAGGCUUGUUAUGAGUUCUAAAUGUUCUAUAGAAUGGAUCUCUGUAAAAUUUGUUGCUUGAUGUAAAGAACUUGCUUUUGCUUGAUAAGAACAAUAUUAUAUAUAUAUAAAGGAGGUUGCGGGUUUGAUA